CCGCUGUGCCGGCCCGCUGUGCCGACAGUGUCCCCCGUGUGCGCGCUGCUGCCGCUGCACGACCCGGGAGAGACGCCGGCGUGGUGGUGAUUGGAGAGCCGCGCGGAGGCCUCCCACGCCCCAGCGCUGCCUCGGGAGCCCAGCCUGCUUGUCACCCCCGUCCUCGUGACCUGCGUGGCACCAUGAGCUGCGUCCUGAACAGAGUCGUCCCCUUGGGGCUGGUGCUCCUGGUCUGCGGAGCCCAAGGCGUUUUCCUGCCCAACAUCACUCAGUUGGAGAAGCUGCUCAGCAAAUACCAGCAGGACAAGCCGCACUCCCGGGUCCGGAGGGCCAUCCCCAGCUCGGACAGGGAGGAGAUCCUCAUGCUUCACAACAAGCUCAGGGGCCAGGUGUACCCCCCGGCCUCCAACAUGGAGUACAUGACUUGGGACGAGGAGCUGGAGCGGUCGGCGGCGGCGUGGGCUCACGAGUGCAUCUGGGAGCAUGGGCCCACCAGUCUGCUGGUGUCCAUCGGGCAGAACCUGGCUGUCCACUGGGGCAGGUACCGCUCUCCCGGCUUCCACGUGCAGUCCUGGUAUGACGAGGUGAAGGACUACACCUACCCCUACCCCCACGAGUGCAACCCCUGGUGUCCGGAGAGGUGCUCUGGGCCCAUGUGCACCCACUACACACAGAUAGUCUGGGCCACCACCAACAAGAUUGGCUGUGCUGUGAACACCUGCCAGAGGAUUAACGUUUGGGGAGAUGUUUGGGAGAAUGCGGUCUACCUCGUCUGCAAUUACUCUCCAAAGGGGAACUGGAUCGGAGAAGCCCCGUACAGAACCGGCCGGUCCUGCUCCGAGUGCCCGCCCAGCUACGGGGGCGGUUGUAAGAACAACCUGUGUUACCGAGAAGAGACGUUGACGUCCAGCCCCAAGCCGGAAACCGACGAGAUGAACGAGGUGGAGGUGGCCCCCGUUCCCGAGGACAAGCACGUCUGGGUCCAGCCGAGGGUGGUCAGACCCUCGAAGCCCAAGAAGGCGCCCACCGUGAGCUACAUGACCCAGGUUGUCCGGUGUGACACGAAGAUGAAGGACAAGUGUAAAGGGUCCACGUGCAACAGGUACCAGUGCCCCGCGGGCUGUCUGAACAACCAGGCCAAGGUCUUCGGAACUCUCUUCUACGAAAGUUCGUCCAGCAUAUGCCGGGCUGCCAUUCACUACGGAAUCCUGGACGCCAACGGUGGCCUGGUGGACGUCACCAGGAACGGGAAGGUCCCCUUCUUCGUCCGGUCUGCGAGGAAUGGCGUGGAGUCUCUGAGCAAAUACAAGCCUUCCAGCUCCUUCGUGGUGUCAAAAGUAAAAGUGCAGGACGUGGACUGUUACAGCACCGUCGCUCAGCUCUGCCCGUUCGAGAAGGCGGGGACCCACUGCCCCAGAGUUCGGUGUCCAGCACACUGCAAAGACGAGCCAUCCUACUGGGCUCCUGUGUUUGGAACUAACAUCUAUGCAGACAGUUCAAGCAUCUGCAAGACGGCCGUGCACGCGGGAGUCAUCCAGAACGAGAGCGGGGGUUACGUGGACCUGAUGCCCGUGGAUAAAAAGAAGGCCUACGUGGGCUCGCUCAGUAACGGAGUCCAGUCCGAAAGCCUGAGGACCCCUCGAGACGGAAAGGCCUUCCGGAUCUUUGCUGUCAGGCAGUGAAUAUCCAGUGCCGGGGAGAAGGGGGCGUGCGUCUUCAAGAGGGCUUCCGAGUUUUGCUUUUUAUUUUUAUUUUGUCAUUUUGGGGGGUGGGGGGUUGGGCUGGGGAUAUAGAGAGGCAGGAAACGUCCUUUGAAUGGUGUUCAGUGUCACACUCUCUGUGCCUUUGUCUCGCAGCCUCCUGGGGUCCCGGCCUGGUCCUGCUGGGGCCGGGGGUCUCCAUCUGUGCGCCCUCUCCUCAUGGGCGGUCACCGAGGCGUUCCUCCCCGGUGCUCCUCAGUGGGCAGGGAGAAGGUUCCAGGCCCACAGAGAUGGCAGGACUCGGAGCUCACGCCUGGGGGAGGCACGCAAAGGGUGGGAAGAGGCAGAGUGAGCGCCGGAAAGGCGAGUUUCAGGAAUGGAGUAGAAGGUGGUUAUUUAAAAACUUUGAAAACACAGUCCGUCCCUACCUAUGGAGAAAAAUGGGUGUGACGUUUGCUGGUCAGACACAUGGGCUGGAACCAGGAGGACUGGGGCAGCGAGGCCUGGACCCCGCCCUGGCCCCCCGUCCGUGCCGGCACCCCGCCUCCCGCGGGCUGGUUCUGUACGCAGCAGUGCUGGCUUACUUAGAGCUCCUCAGUAACUCCCGAGAUGUAUCUCUUGUCUUCGUCCUUCCUUUUGUCCACGUGGCCCGUCUGCCUGCUGUCGUGACCUUUGGUCUCCUUGAGGACAAAUGAACCAGGAUCCUUUCUGGGCCCUGUCCCUCCCCCUGUGACUCCAGGCCCAGCCCAGCCUGGGUUAUGCAUCACCUUCCCUGCCAGGGUCUUUGCUUUGCGAGCGGUUCUGUUGGCAAACCACCCCCUCCCAACUUGGUUUUUUUUUUUUGCUCCAACUCACGGUUUCUGUUGGUUCCACUGAGGCAUCUAAGAACAGCCAAAGGAGGGCUGUUUUCUUGCUGCUUUCCAAAAGCAGCGGUGGACUAUGCGGUCCCCCUGCAUCGGCUGACCUAGUUUCUAGCCACGGGGGGAAGGGAUUCCUGAGUACAUUCCUCGCCCAGGUUAGCCGCUCUGGGAAGAGGAACCGUUUGUGGUUACGAAACCCUCCUGCGGUGUAACAGCAAGAGACAGAAACACUCUGGAAGGGUUUCUCUUCCUGUUUUUGUCGAACACGUCUUGCCAAAUGGCUCCGAGGAGCUCGGUGCUCUCUGGGUCCCGCUUUAUAAAAGUACUUGAGGAGCCCAGACCCGAAACCCACAGUGAAACAAAAUACCUUUUUGUAAAUAGCAUUGCUUUGCAGAGGCUAAAAUCUCUCACUUUCGUGAACACCGGGUCUACAUCUGAUUUCACCCUCCCUCGAAAUAUUUCAAAGGCAAAGGAACUAACAGACGGUUUAAAAAAACAACAACAACAACAACAAAAAAAAACCAAACCAAACUAAACAAAACCACAGACAGAGCCAGACUAAGAUGGUCCGCACAAGGAAGUCUACCUGGGGAAGUGAGCCCGGUGUGCUGUCCGGAACAUCUCUCUCUCCAGCACACACUCCAGGUAAACAGCUUCCCUCCGCCACCUUUAGGAACUGGGGAAAGGCCAUGCAAACCUUUGCUCCCCGGAACUGGAAUGAGCAGACCCGUCCCUCUUUGGUGCACGCUGGGCUCGUAGUAAUCCGUAGGUUUUGACGAUUCAGUCCCAAAUGCUAGAGCACAAGAAUUCGGUCAGCCUGUUGCUUGCAUAUCUAGUUACAGCCCAAAGAUCUGAGUCCUUGGAAACUUCUGGACUCUAGGUGGUGUGCUGCUGGACGCUUGUUUCCUCAACCUCUUCUCGGCCACCAGGCUGUCACGGCCCGUGGCUCUGUCGAGACUGCAGGGUUGGGGCUUUUGGAAUUCGCGACUGUCCAGGGGCUCUUUCCGGAAGCAUCCUUCCUGAGGGAGAAUCUGAGAUGUCUGGGGUGAGAGGUCCCCGUCCUGGUCAACUCGAGGGCCCGGUCGCCGGACGCCCCCGCAGCCGCCGGGCUCACAGGAUCAGCAGAGCAAGGCCCGGCCGGAACGCAUGCUCCUGUCCGUACUCUGCACCGUCGUGCUCCGGGAACCGUUUUUCUCCCGAAAGUGGAAACAAGGCCACAAAGCCCAAGCCCCUGUAACCGGAGACCACCUCUCAUUCUGUCCGUCGACAGGACCCGUCGUGUCCUCGGCACGUGACCCACACGGAAAGCUGGUAAAUCAGGCCAACACUGUCUCUGGGUCUCUUGGCCCCAAAAUGAAAUGUCCUCGCUUCCUUCAGAUUUCUGCCCCAUCCCGUUCUGGUCGUUUAUGUGGUCUGUAGGCUCACGCAGCCCGCAGCUGACAUGUGUGCUUUUUUCUAUGAAAAAUGAUGUAUUUUACUACUUCCUGUGUACAAAAAUUUACUGUAAGUGUGUGUGUGUGUGUGUGUGUGUGUGCACACGCUUCUCACGAACGGGGACCGCGUUGCUGUCGUUUCAAUAAAACCCGUUCGAUUUCUAAAGUGUUUCCGUGACGUAUCUUUUUUGGACAAACCUGAACAGUUUGUGAAAUAAAACGUUUAAAAGCUC